AUGAAAUUUAAUCAAUUAAAUGCUGUACUCCAAAGCAUGCUGACAACAACUAUCGAUUCUCCACAACAUAAAAGAAUCCUUCGAAUGAAAGACAAUUGGGAAAAUGUUUCUUCGUUAUCUACAAUUUAUCGAACGUACCAAGUGAGUGAAAAUCUUAGGAAAUUGAAGACAGUCAGACAAAUCCAUUCAGAAUUAAUAAAAUGUGCUAGAAUAAUAAACGAAGCUUAUGGAUUCCAAAUUCUUAUGUCCACGUCUUUAUCCGUCAUUCGUGAUUUUAUGUACCAAUUAGUCCAAAAUAGUUUAACCUUUACCGCCUGCGGAUUCUACGAUCUAAAUUAUACAUUUAUAUACAAUGCGAUUGGUUUAAUUACUACCUAUCUUGUUAUUCUUAUUCAAGUUGAAGGUAAACCUAAUAUAAAAUUGAGAUAUCUCACAUUGCAAAUAGAAACUUGUAUUCGAAAUAUGGAUCAAUUGAAUAUACCAAUGGAUUUCUCUAAAUACUUUCGGCAACAGUGUUAUGCUAUAUUAUUCUCUGUUUGCAUCUUAAUAGCUAUGCUUAUGAUCGAUCAUCGAUGGUUGAAAUUACCUAUAAGUCAUGUAUGCGCAAGAACUAUAACGGAGGUAAUCGGUGCUGUUAUAACUUACCUCGUUAUUCUCAUUCAAGUUGGGAAAGUAUCAGCAUAA